AAAUGAGGCAUCAACGAAUUUGUCUUUUGUUCUUAAUAACUUAGUUAUCGUGUAGCAUCUGUUUUACUAUAAUUAUGAUCAUUAAAAAAACAUUUUUCACACAAUUAGUGCGUAAUUUUAUUCACAUAAUUGCAAGAUUACACUUUUAAAAUAUCAUUUCCCGCCACGAUCGAUGCUCAGAAUUCAAAAUGGUAGCCUUUCUCGAUGUUUACGUUUUAAAUAUUAUAUCAUAUGUUAUCCUGAGCAUUUUAAUUAAAAAAUUUACAAAUUUAAAGUAUUUAAAGAGUAAAGAUCGUCAAAAAAUUUGGACAUGGCGAAAUACUUUAUGUUCGUUGAUGCAUUCCAUCGUGACAUCUGUUAUGGUCGCGGCUUCUUUUAUAGAAAAUCCAGAAUUACUCAUGAAUUUCACCAAAACAUUUAAACAUUAUGACUGUUACCUAGCAACAAUAACUAUCCCAGCAUCUACUGGAUAUUUUACGUACGAUUUUGUUGAUAUUGUUUGGCACGAUCAAUUUCGACAGUGGGAAGUGUUGAGUCAUCACGUAGCUAUUUCAGCCGCAUUGUUACUUGCUCAUUUUUAUGGUUACUAUGGUUACCUUUUGUGUGCGCUUGCGCUCGAAAUCAACACAGUCAAUCUUCAUUUAAGGCGCCUACUUCGAAUGAUUACCGUACAGUAUCCAGCAAUAACAAGAAUGAAUAUUCACUGCAAUGCCUUCACCACAAUUCUGUUCCGCGGAAUAUUUUCAUUUGUGCUUUGUUAUGGUUUCUAUGGAGACGAUAAAAUAACGGGUUUCCCCGCGGUUUUAGGCACAAUAUGUUUCACAGUUAUGAUUGGUACAAACAUUGGGAUUAUGUACAGAAUUUACCAAACUGAUUAUGCAAAAGCAUGUGUUUGUGAUGACAAACUUGUUACGUAACAAUAUUUUGUGUUUUGUCUUGACUGUAUGUGUUCUCUUUCUGUUCUGACUUGACUGUUAAUAUAAUAUGCACCGAAAUUUUCAAAUACAUCUUUUUAUGCAUCAGGUAAAUUAAGUUUAGCCCAAACUCGUCUCCAGCACCUUUUGUCCCUUUUUUUUACUGAACGGUGAGACCAAAAGACACUGGAAUCGUAGGCCGGAAUUUUGCACUUGAUUGGUUGGGUAUAAUUACCGUAUAUUAUCUAAGAAUUAUGUCGUAACCAUGCAAACACAUUUCCACGAUGAAAGAAAAUGGUUUAUAAAAAGUGAUAGAAUUUUUUUGUUUGUUUUUAAUUUCCGUUGUUUGUGGUCACUAAAUUUGUUAAAAACAUUGUUGGCUUCUGUAAUUCAUUUGCAAUUUACCCCAAAGAAUACAUUUGGAAAAUGAAAGUCAAAUGAAAGUAAUCUAUGGUAAGUCAAUUCAUUUCUCUUAUAAUUUUGGUGGUAAAAAUAUCAGUAAUGCCUUCGACUGUAUCAAUACUAUGUCAUGUACAAAGGUAUGUAAAAAUACAUCAUCGUUUUUCUGUUUUUUGGUACCUUUUCUGUGUUUAUCU